CCUGCUUCUGCUCUGAGAACCUGUACGUGGCGCGCUACGGGCUGCACGUGCGCUUCCGGGACGAGGCGCAGUUGCGCCGCGACUACGGCCCGAUCCUGCGCAGCAGAGGCUGUGUCGACCCCAAGGACUUUGAGGAGCUGUUAGAAGAGGUAACAGCCCCCUGGGCAUGCAGGCCGCGGUUCCCUUUCCGUUUGGGCAGCUGGAGGGGUCUCUCAGGGCUGUCAGCCCCAGACACCCCAUCACCACAGCACCUGGGUCCUAACACCAGAAAAGGAGGAGUUGGGGAAUUCCAAGCCGUCCACGUCACACCCUUCUCAACUGCCGACAGCUCUGUCCAGCUAUCCCCCCACCCAUCUGACAGGAGAAACAGAAAACUUAGGCUCAAAGACAGCAGUCACCUGUCACCCGUUUCAUAGCGGGUGAAGAUGGGGUCCCGCCCGGGGCCAGCAGCUGGCCUCCCCCAUUUCCCCCAAGAACUACCGUUCCUUCUUUCCCACCCCCUCCUUUGCCUGGAGGGUCAGUUGUGGAAGCUUCCCAGGAGACCCUCUGCAGUCUGCAACCCAAGACCCGGCUGGCCCUGUGUUCCCCUCCCCUGCACUGAGGGGCUCUCCUGCCAGCCCAGCAUACGGUGGUGCAGAGCAGAAGGAAUCCCCUUCAGCUGCCCACUGACCCAGGUGGGGUCAGGAGUGGAGGGAGGCUUGGCUCCAGCCUGGGCCUGCUUCCUCAUCUGUACUGUGGCUUUUGGGGGUAGUGGCUCCAUCCCAGUGACCUAGCCCUGUGCCACCUAGCUUCAGCAGGAGGUGGAGCGGCGGCAGCGGCUGGGGCAGGAGUCUGCUGCCAGGAAAGCUCUCAUCGCCAGCUCCUACCGCCCAGUGAGGCCCGACAUAUACAGCUCGCUGCAGGAUGUAGCUCUGGCCCCCGAGUUUCUGGAUGCAACUGAGUAUAGCACAUCACCAGGUGCAGACCUGAGUGGCCUUCUUCAGCGGCUGGAGACAGUGUCGGAUGAGGAAACCGAGGCCGAGGGAAGUGAGAAGAUGUACCCAGGCUAAUGCCACCCCCCAGAGAACUGAAGUCCAGCCUGGAAGACACCAUGCUGGAGCUCUGGGUAGACAGACUGCCCUUCCCUCUGCAGAGGAGAAGCGCAUCUACCGGCUGCCGGUGUUCACAGUGCCCUUCUGCCAGGCUCUGCUGGAGGAGCUGGAGAACUUCGAGCGAUCGGACCUGCCGAAGGGGAGACCCAACACCAUGAACAACUAUGGGGUGCUGCUUCACGAGCUGGGCUUAGAUGAGCCACUAGUGACACCGCUGAGGGAGCGCUUCCUGCAGCCGCUGCUGGCCCUGCUGUACCCCGAGUGGGGGGGGGCAAGGCUCGACAGUCACCGCGCCUUUGUGGUCAAGUAUGCUCCUGGUGAGGACCGAGAGCUGGGCUGCCACUACGACAAUGCCGAGCUCACCCUCAACGUGGCCCUGGGCAAGACAUUCACAGGGGGUGCCCUGUACUUUGGGGGACUCUUCCAGGCCCCAUCAGCCCUGGCCAGGCCCCUGGAGGUGGAACACGUGGUGGGCCAGGGGGUCCUGCACCGGGGCGGCCAGCUGCAUGGGGCGCGGGCCCUGGGCAGCGGCGAGCGCUGGAACCUUGUGGUCUGGCUUCGUGCCUCAACUGUGCGCAACCACCUGUGCCCCAUGUGCCUCCGAGAGCCGGAGCUGGUGGAGGACGCGGGCUUUGGAGACGGCUUCACCCGCGAGGAGCCCGACACUGUGGACGUGUGUGCACUGACCUGAGCCAGGCAGCACGGCGACGUGACACCUGGGGCCAGCAGGGCAGGAAAUAAAAGCCCCCGCAGAUCCGGGUACUUCUUGGGUCAAAAGGACA